UAAUUCAGUCCAGUUUGGGGAAAGAGAAACAACAGCAGUCUGGAAAGGUCCCUCAAACAAGACCAUGGAAAGGAACAUCAUAUAUUUGUGGAUUUGUGCUUUUGCAGUAGUUCAUGGAAAUCAAGAGACUUCACCUCAACCUUUCAUCAGUGAUAAAAUCCCAUCAUUGAUAAAGAUGAACAAUGAUUUUGCUUUUCACCUGUACAAGAGAAUUGUAGAAAUGCCGGAGUAUCAGUCCAAGAACAUCUUCUUCUCUCCUUUCAGUGUGUCCAUGGCCCUUUCUGAGCUGUCUUUAGGAGCCGGUGGUGAAACCAAAGAACAGCUUCUCAGUGGCAUCGGCCAUAACAGCUCGGUCUUCAGCACUGAAGAAAUGCACCAGAUGUUCCACAGUCUCCUGGAAGAAAUCGACCAGAGGACAGGGGUGGACAUCGAUGUCGGCACUGCUCUAUAUGCAAGCGACAAAUUAAAGCUCCUUCCUGAGUUCUUGAAGGAGAUAAAGGAGUUUUACCACUCUGACGGAUUCACUGUGGAUUUCAGCGUCAAAGAAACACUAGAUAAAAUUAACACGUAUGUGAAGGAAAAAACUCAUGGGAAAAUAGACCAAGCUGUUGAUGAUCUGGAAUCUGACACUUUGAUGUUUCUUCUCACUUACAUAUAUUUUAAAGGAAAAUGGGACAUGCCUUUUAACCCAAGCAGCACCCAUCAAAGUAUAUUUCAUGUAGACGCUGAGACCACCGUUCCAGUACAAAUGAUGCACCAGUACAAAUCCCUCAAAGUUUAUUAUGAUGUCGAACUCUCUUCUAAAGUCCUCUGUCUAGACUACAACGACUCUUUCUCCAUGUUUCUGGCUGUACCAGAUACUGGCAGGUCAGGUAAGACCAUCAAAGAUCUGGAGAUGGCCAUCUCUAGACAGCACAUUGAAAAGUGGAGGACAUCUGUUAGAAAAAGCGAAACUGACAUCUAUGUCCCCAAGCUCUCUCUGAAAACAUCAUAUUCCCUGAAAGAUAUUUUGAAAGGAAUGGGAAUAGCUGAUAUGUUUACAUAUCAAGCCAACUUCACAGGAAUUUCAGAGGAAAAUAUGCUAAUUUCAAAGGUUUUACAUAAGGCCAGUCUGGAUAUAGAUGAGAAAGGAACCACUGCAGCAGCAGUGACAACUGUUAAUUUCAGACUAAUGUCCUACAGCCCAAUGGAUACUUUGAUUUUUGACCGUCCAUUCAUGAUCUUUAUCACUGACCAAAAAAAUGACAACAUCCUCUUCUUUGGAAAAGUUGUCAAUCCAGCGGAAAAACAGUAAUGUGACAUUUAAAAUUUUAUGACAAAAUUAGCCAGCAGGUGGCCGCGAUUUAAACAACUGGUGCCAUUAUUUUGCUAACUCUAUAGUUGGUACUUAAUCCUUCUUCUAGAGGUUCACCUUCCUGAUGAGAUUAGUUCGAAUGCAUGUCAAACACCUGAACCAUCUUAUCAAGGUCUUUUGAUUGCAAGAUUGAGUACUGACAAAAAUACAAAUGUUUUUGUUUGGUCACUCGUGUGUUAAACUGGUUAAGUGUAUUUGCUGCACGUUUCUUUUUCCUCAGGCAAUUAAUGUAACAUCUCAAAUUGAAAGGCGAUUAUGGGAAGGAUUAUCAUAUGUUUGUGCAUAGUAAUAGUUCACCCAGUUGUCUGAGAUGAUGGAGAUGAUGGUCUACUACCAACUUUUGGCACACUCACAGUAAUGUUCAGGAGAAAAAAUGAUUUAGCUUGUCACCUGGAUGUAGGUAGUGCUCUUUAGGUAAGCAACAAAUCAAAACCACUUCCCGAGUUCCUUGAGAAGAUGAAGCAGUUUCACAUCCUGGAAGGCUUCGCUGUGGAUUUCCACCUCAAUGCAACUUUAAAAAAGAUUAACACAUCCAGCACUUCAUGGAAAUAAACACAUGGGAAAAUAGAUAAAGCUGUUGAAGCUCUAAUAUUAGAGCUUUCUGUCCCUGCAUAGAUGGCAAUGCAACUGAGAUGUUUAAAGCCCAGAAAGGUAGUAAAGACAUUGUUAAAACUGUCCAUGUGAUCAGUGGUUCCGUUGUAAUUUUAUGAAUCUACAAGAAUACUUUCUGUGUGCGAAGAAAACAAAAAUAAUGCCUUUUAUUCAACAAUUUCUUCUCUUCAGUGUCAGUCUUCGUCACACAUUCACUAGAGUACCACAGCACAUGCAACAGUUUGCGUAAACAUGUCUAAAGAUUUCAACAGAGAGGAUUGCUUGCGUUUGUUUGCCCAGCCUUACUUAUAUGAACCAGAUUAUACAGACGAUGAACUAAGACAGAUAAAUGUUCUUCAACAGAACGCUGGCUCCUGAGCCGGCAGUACCACACGACUGUAUUGUGGGACUCUUGUGAAUGCACCAAGAAAGAUUGACAGGGGAAAGAAAAAGUUGUAAAUAAAGUAAUUUUUUAGGUUUUCCUUGCACACAAAAGUAUUCUCGUAGCUUCAUAAUGGUACUGCCACUGCCACUGGUGGUACAUGGACUAUUCCAAUGAUGUCCUUGCUACAUUGCUUGGCCUUGGGGCAUUUCAGUUGUAUAUUGUUAUCUAUGCAGGUUCAGAAAUCUCUCAGAUUUCAUCAAAAAUAUCUUAAUUUGUGUUCCUAAGAUGAACGAAGGUCUUACGGGGUUGGAAUAACAUGAAGGUGAAUAAUCAAUUUCAGAAUUAUUUAUUUUUUAGGUGAAUUAUCCCUUUAAAUUUAAUGUGAAAUUCAUAUAGCAUAUAAGGAAUAGAAAGAGCAGACUUUGGGAUAGAUUUAUCCAGGACAAAACCACCAGUGUACAGAUUUGAUCCAUUCAUGAUCUUAAUUGUCAAACCGAUGAAUGACAAAAAUGAUCAACCCAGUGGAAAAGCAGUGACGUGACAUUCAAGAUAUCAUAACUGACAUUAAGCGGCCGUGAUUUUAUAUAACUGCUUACAGAGUUUUGUUACAGGUACAACUAGCAUAUUACUGUCCACAUGUGUUAUUUAACCAUUUAAUAAAGUCUCCAUCAGUGUGUA